UGAGGUGGACACAUGCAAGACAGUGAAUUUGCAGUUUGGAGUCUGCGCCCUGCCUUGUUCAAAACACCUCGUUGCAUAGCUCUGAGCCCUGCUGGGUGUCUCUUUGUGCUAGUUACCUGGCUACCUGUUUAGCUAGAGGGUGCUCCUGUGAGGAGCUGUCAGACCUGAGCAUGUGCUGGUGUUUGCCUCAGCUGCCAAGCCGAGCACGGUAGCUUCUGCUUGAAGACCUCCUGUUCUUGCUGGCUACGUUGCACAGCUCCUGUUAUCCCUCACACAAAAGGGUGUUUCUGAGCCUUGCGCAAUAGCUGUGAAGAAGCACUUGUCAGACUGGUUCACGUGUCUCUGCAGGCUUGGUUGGGCUAGCUACCAAGAAGACAUUUGUCAACUGUCCCGUACACGAGGAGAGCUUAACCAGUUUCUUCUGGGCUGAGGUCCAGCACUCCUGCCUAUAAAACACGCCUGAGCAUGUGGGUUGUACAGCUCUGAGCUGGGGCUCCACCACACUCCCUCUUCCUCUGGCGUCUGGGUCUCAGGGACUUGGUCUGAGCUCUUCUCUACCUUUACCCCACAACUGUGGGGCCUGAAGAUCUUCCAUUGAUGGUGACAUCCUCUCUGUGCGUGAGGAAGGUUCUUGGAGUUUGACUGUGGGGCUGGGUGAGGAGAUGGAAGCCACUUCCAGGCAUUAGUGCUGAGGAGACUCUGGAGUUGGGGAGCUUAAGGACGUGUUCCCCAGGCUCAGGCAGGUCAGUUUUACUUGGUUGCUCCUCCCUCAGCCUUCAGUGCCACAAGCCCUCGGCCUUCUGGAGGCACCUGCAGAGCCUUGCUCUGUCAGUACUCGCCCAAAUUCCCCAGCUCACAUUGCAGGGACCCAUUGCCACUGGUCUGUGUGAAGCAUCUUUCUCUUGGUUAAGUCUCAUCUUGUGGAGUGGUGGUGGUCAAUGUAAGGAUCAGUCCGUGGAAGGACUGGACUGCCUUGCUGGGCUGAUGGGUUUAUUCGCAGAUGGUGUGGCAGGUGAGAGUCACAAAGAGUCUAGAAGUGACUGCUGGUUUCCUUGCUUUGGAAAUGCUCUUGCUCUGCUUUGGUUGGUGAGACAAUAACAGGCAUGGCCCCAUCUAUGGGGUGAAGACUGGCUUGCCUGCAGUAGUCUGGCACUAUUCUUGGCACCCCUGAUGCACAUGAGCAGCCCAGGUGCCUUCCUUAUGCCUCUGGUUUGGCUUUCUGAGCAGAGACCUGCUUCGGGUGGAAGCAGAGGGAGGCUGCGGACGGUCACAGCUUCCUGGCUUGGUCCCUCCCUGCACAGCUGUGGAGCACAGAGGUUUGGACAGGAGCCCUGUGGAAGAAGGUUGCCUCGUGACCACUUUAAUCUGGCUGAAGAACAAGCUGAGAGCAGGAAGAUGGGUGCUGACUACACCUUCCCAGCCCCUCUUUAUACAGUUCUGUGGUUAUAACCAUGGCAUGAGCUGAACUAUAGCAGAUCCAGAUGCAAUUUUCCCCACUCCCCCUGCCCUGCUUCUGUGUUGGAUUCAUCCCGAAGACUGGGUGUCUCUGCUGGUUGGAGAGAUUCUCUGCUGAGAAUGCACAAAGCUGUCCCCUCUGCACCAGCUGGAUUCAUGCCUCUUUCUCCUGUCGCUUCUUGGUGUGGGAGGAGGAUCUGAGACGAGUUUUGUUCCAACCUUCACAGUUCUUCUGGGUGCUAGAGCUCUUCUGCCAGGCUUUCCAUGCUACUGGGCAGGAAGCUUUAUGCUUCUUGUCCUCUGCCCACACCAUGCUCCAGGAAAACAGCGCUGUACCUGAGGAUAAUGUCAACCCCACUGGAGGCCUUUGAGUGCCUGGGCUCAGGAAAAUCCUUGUGAGUAGGCAGGACAGUGACUGGAGAGGAGCGGAAAGUCCUGUGCCCCUUGCUGAAGAUGUGCUUCGUUCCUUGUGCAUGCCAGGAGCCUCCAAGCCUCCCUGCAUCCUGCCCCCUGUCUGUGCUUUUCCUUUCACUGACUUCUGCCCCGUGCUGUGAAGUGUCCUUGUCUGAGUGCGAGGAAGCAGCCUACGAGGAGCGGCGGUACCCAGCUGGGAAGUGGGCCUGUGUCACCAAGGGGGAGCCCUUGUAUGAGCAGAGCAUCUCCAUGAGCUUCAUGAAGCUCAUGCGCUACAUCUGCAAGGAGAACUCUGUAGGCUGCUAUCUGGGCAUGACAGUCCCAGUGCUCAACGAAAUCCACCUGACCAAGGAAGGGACCGAGUUGGAGCGUGAGGUUGUAACUGCCUAUUAUAUCCCGGGAGAGUUCCAGCAAAACCCCCCUGUUCCCAUGGACCCUGAAAUCCACAUCACCGAGAGGGCACCACUCCGGGUUAUAACCAGGGUUUUCUAUGGGAUGACCACUGAGGAGACGAUUCUGCGAGAGAUCAGCCUUUUCUGGGAGCUCCUGGGCUCCACAGACGCUGUGCUCCAGGAAACCUACAUCGUGGCUGCUUAUGAAAACCCCAGCAUCCCCCAGCGCCGCAACGAGAUCUGGUUCAUCUGCCGAGCAGAGUGAGUCCCAUCUGUGACUGCAAACCGUCCUGCAACUAGGACCUGGUGUAGAUGGCAGUUCUGAUCCAAAGGAGGCGAAUGCACAUCCUGACCCACCAUUCACCCACGAAAGGACAGACUGUGGGCUGGGUUUGUACUCUGCCCUGCAAGGGCCCAGCCAGGGGAAAUCUUGCCUGGUCUGCACUUCUGCCCCACAGGGGCCAGCUGAGGCUGGAGCUGGCACCAGGGAGAGCUUCUGCAGCAGGCUCCUGGUGGGAAGUGUGUGGUGAGGGCUCACGUGAGGCAGUAACCGUGUGGGCUUGUGCAAUGCGCUAGCCUGACCUGGGCUUCUCUCAGCUCUGAGCUGUGCUUGCAGAGCUGUGCCAGGCACGCCAGUGGGGCUUGUGCUUGACAAAGUCACAAGCUGGUGGUGUCUAGAAGGCAAAUGAAUGUAUGAGGUGUGGGCUCUGUCUGGGCUCUGGCCUGCUUCCUGUGAGAAUGGCUGCCUGUCCUGGACAGAGCCACUGAAAUGCUGCUCAGGGACUGUGGGGUUUAAAGGGGGAAAAGACUUGCCACAAGCGAGAUGUGGAUCCUGAAUGUUUCCUGCUGGGAUGGCUCUCUGUGUGCUGUUGGGUGCCUCCCUGGCUGUCACUCACCAUCCCGCAGCCAGGACUGGGGUGCUGGCAGCCUUUGUCCAUCAGAUGUGGGUGCUGUUCUGCGGGCCUGCUGCGAGCUGAGAGGGACGGGUUCUGGCAGCAGCAGCAGCAGCGGCACCACCGUGUGUUAUGUGUCGUGUUGUGCAUUGAUCAGCAAGUUUCACAUCCACGAACACUGUCGUGCUCUCCUGGGGGAAGCUGGCAGUGCCAACAGUAAAUAAACCCAGCUCAAACCAC